CUUUGUGACAGGGGAGGGAAUUUUGUGACAUCCAAUUUUUUGGUGAGAAAAUUAUAAUUUUUGUAUCUAUGAUUGGAUGCCGAAGGGGUGGGGGGAUAUUGACAAAUGUGGCAGAUAGUGGGAGAAAUUAUGUUUUUUGAUGGACGUCAUAAGUGAACGGCCCCUUAAGAUCACUUAAUGCAAGUAUUACACAUUUAUAUUGACUAAUUGGUAUCAUCUUAAAAACAUAAAGACACUAUGACGAAGUCAAUAUUCACCCCCUCUCGACGUUCUAGUUAAUUUUCUGCAGACCCAACACACAUUUUUAAAAGCCAUUAAAAUUUCUCUCAAGUUUAGAAUGUAGAAGUGUUUCUUUUUUACUAAUUGAAUUGUUUUUUAUUAUGAGUGACGAUGAUCAUGACACAUGGCAUCAAAUAAUCAAUAAAACUGCCCUGAUUAUUUAAUUAUUGAAGUUGACAAAUGUGAGAAUCAAUUUAUUCAGUCGCAAAUAAGUUUUGAUGCUGAUUAGGUCGAAUUUAGGAAAAAAAUAUGAACUUUGCCAAAUUAGUCACGAUUGCAGUCAUAUUAUCUUCAUUGACUGUAAAUCUAGUCAAUGCUGUCCAAGUGCAUUGCGAGUUUUCAUCAUUUUCUCCAAUGUCUUGGUACAUUUCACCACGUUAUAGUUGUAAAGCUGUCAAUUUUGAAACAACAUUCAAGGAUCGAAUUUUAAAUAACGUGAUGGGCUUACAUGAUUCCGAUAAAACAGACACAGAUAUUAAAAUGCUAUUUAUGCACAAGGAAAAUUGCCAUUACAUUCCGAGAAAUAUAUCUGGGUUCUUUGGAAACAUUGACGUUUUAUACAUUAAAGAUUCAAAUCUUCAGCACUUGAUGACUGGUGAUCUCGAUGGAUUGAAAAGCUUAUCAAUAUUUGAUGUUUCUUACAAUCCAAUUGAUCAUGUUGGUGAAGAUUUCUUUAAAGGACAUUCAUCAAUUAGGAUUAUUUCAUUCUACGCAUGUCACAUAAAGCAAAUUGAUUUCGGUGCUUUUGACAGUUUGACAAACUUGCAGGAAGUAUCUUUGCAGUACAAUUAUUGCCAUGAUGGAGUUCUUAAGCGUGCAUUAAAUGGAACAACUGUUUUUACUGCAAUUUAUCUAACGUGUCAAGGAAAUGGAUUAAAAUUGAAAUCUAAAGUUGAAGAAGAGUGUCUAGACACCUUAAGAAAAUCAAUUGACUUACUGGAUGAUGAUAAUAUUAUUGAAGAACAUUCAAGUGACAUCAAAAGAGAAUCAAUGUCGCCUUCAUUUAAGUUUAUUUUAUUUACAUUUACAUUAUUGAGUUUAAUAGUUUUUACUGGACUGUGCUUGAUUUUAUUUAGAGCACAUAAGUUUGUUUCAACUAGAACCUUUUUUACUAUGAUUAAUGAAAUAAAUUAA